CUUAUUUUGAUCAUUAUAAAGCCUCCUUUUGCUCCUCUCUGGCAUUUGCAGGUGCCUUUUGUGUUUUAGAAGCUCACAGAAUAUUUAGCUAUGGAGUUCAGCAUCCUGGCAAUGUUGGUGCUUCUGGUCGUGUUUGUAGUCUCGGCAGUUUUUCUUCAUUUAUGGAGAUCGCCAAAAGCAAUGGAGGAUCCUGGAACCUUGGGUUGGCCGAUCAUUGGUGAAAGCUUCUCCUUCAUAUCCGACUUUUCGAGUCCAUCUGGUAUCUACAGUUUCAUGAAGAAGAGACAAGAAAGGUAUGGGAAGGUGUUCAAGUCCUUUGUCUUGGGAAGGUUCACUGUCUUCAUGACCGGGCGAGAAGCGAGCAAGAUUCUAUACGGAAAAGACGGGAUGGUGAGUUUGAACCUCUUCUACACCGGGCAGCAGGUUCUCGGCCCAACAAGUCUUCUCCAGACAACAGGGGAAGAACACAAGCGGCUUCGACGGCUUAUUGCGGAACCACUAUCCAUCGAUGGCCUGAAGAAGUACUUCCAGUUCAUCAACGCCCUCGCCAUAGAAACAUUAGAUCAAUGGGAGGGACGAAAAGUUUUAGUUCUUGAGGAGGCUUCUACAUUCACUCUCAAGGUAAUUGGCCACAUGAUCAUGAGCUUAGAACCAAAAGGCGAAGAGCAGGAGAAAUUCCUCAAUUUCAAAAUAAUUUCCUCUUCAUUCGCAUCCUUGCCAUUCAAAGUGCCAGGAACUGCAUUUCAUCGUGGAAUUCAGGCUCGAGAUAGGAUGUAUAGCAUGUUGGACAACGUUAUUUCUAAAAGGAGAGAAGGACAAGGCUUCCAAAAUGAUUUCCUGGAGUCUCUGAUAAUCAAGCACAGCAAAGCAGCAGACGGAGAAGCUGACAAAGACAAGCUAACUGACAAGCAAAUGAAGGACAAUGUAUUAACUCUUCUAGUUGCUGGUCAUGACACGACCACUGCUGCUCUGACUUGGCUCAUGAAAUUUCUCGGAGAAAACCCUCAAGUUCUGCAACGGCUCAGGUACUCCCAUUUUGCGAUGAACUCUGAAGAACACAUGGAAAUUCAAGCGAAGGGCAAGGGUGGAGCGAAUUUAUCUUGGAGUGAAGUUAAUAACAUGCCUUAUACCGCUAAAGUAAUAAGUGAAACUCUAAGGAGAGCCACGAUAUUACCUUGGUUCUCAAGGAAAGCUGCUCAGGAUUUUGAGAUUGAUGGAUAUAAGAUCGAGAAAGGUUGGUCGGUGAACCUGGAUGUUGUUUCUAUUCACCAUGACCCGGAAAUUUUCCCUCAACCAGAAGUUUUUUACCCUUCCAGAUUUGAUGAACCUUUGAAGCCUUUCAGCUUCCUUGGAUUCGGUAGUGGACCACGUAUGUGCCCUGGGAUCAAUCUGGCGAAGCUGGAGAUCUCUAUUUUCAUUCAUCACUUAGCGUGCAGAUACAAGUGGACUCCUCUGGAGAGAGAUGACUCAGUCCAGCCUACUCUAGUAAGGAUGCCCAAGAACAAGUAUCCAGUUCUUGUCGAGCCAGUGUAGAUGUAUUUGUUGCUUCACUUGGCAAUUUGGCACAGAGCCAUAAUAGCCAAGGAAAGAAGCGGCAUGGGGAAUUCGAACUUUAUUGUUAUGACCUGAUCGUCAAUGCAAUACCAAUAUGCUAAGAAUGACAAACUCACUGGGUAAAGGUAGCUAUAAGCGAACGCUUGCCCAGGAGCACAUUGUAUGACAGAAAAUGAGAAUAAGAAUGUCUGAAGCAGUUUAUUUUUCUUGAGUUA